AGAGGGCACUGGGCCUCCUGAAGAUGGUGACCCAGGUGAUCCAGUAAGUAACCUUGCUGUCAAUCGUUGAGAUUCCCCUUAGCGCAGCUUGCGGCUUUGAAUGGCUAUUUUCUCUUUAAUAAACCAUCAAUAUUUUCAAUUAUUUUGAUAAUUCCGCUCCACGUUGGGUAAUUUUACCUUUCACUUGAAGAAUGAAUCCUGCAAUUCAACAACUUCUUAACCAUUUCUGAGUGAUAAUCUUGGUAAAAUGAACUUGGUAAAAAUGACAACAUUGUUACAACUUGUUCACAAGCUUGCUAUAAGCUUGUUACAAACAUAUCUUGUUGAAAAUAUGAGAUAUUAUUUGUGUGUGUAUAUGGGACCACACCUGAUGCACAGGGCUGCCUAGAGGUUGCACGUGCCUGAGGGAAAAUCUUUCCCAGGGUGCCCCUACGACAUCAUAAUAAUUUUACAAUAUAUUAUAUUUUAUUGUAUAUUAUCUGGCACCAACCCUGCCAGGAUAUAUAUUCUCAGUUAAGCAACUUGUAUCAAGCUUUCGUUAUUUUGGAACCUUUGUUUGAGCCUGGAGCAAAGUGAACCCUCCCUCUUGCCCCCUCUUUCUGCCAGUCUGCCUAUACAUGCAUGUGCAUGGUAUGUGAAUGGUAUAUGCAUGCAAUAUAUACUGAACAUGCAAUUGAAUAGCAUUCAUGCUCCAAGUUUGGUAAUUAUAUUACACAUUAUAUAAAACAGCAUAUUCACUCUUGUCCUGUUUUUUUAUUUAGGGUCCACAAGGUUCAAAUGGACCUCCAGGUCCGCCAGGACCACCAGGGCUGCCUGUAAGUGUUUGUUUCCACAAGUAUGUGCGCACACAACAAUUCAAUCAAAAAAGAUGACGGCAAUACAAAUGUGCAAAAUCUAGUGACUUUCAAAGUGGCAAACUUCUUGUAAUUGAGGGCUGUCAAGAGAUAUUUGGACUGAAAGCAGUGAGCUUAUCCACCAUCUUGGAUUAAUUCUUAACCUCAUCACAUCAAUAGUGGGAUCAGCCUGAUUAAAGGGGUCCUACAGUCAUUUUUUAGUCGAAAAGCCACCUUAAGUAGGAGACUCCACAGAGAUUCGUUUGGCUGUAUCUUACAUGCAGUAUCCAUGAGUAUGAGUACUUCCACACAUUGGAAGACGCAUGCAUGCCGUGGUGCGCAUGUCAAGUAGCGACAAUAACAAAAAAAUGUAAACAAUACUUAAGGUGGCUUUUCGACUAAAAAAUUACUGUAGGGCCCCUUUAAACUGCCUCCAAAUGACAUCUAAGUGAUCAGAAGUUGUUCAAGAUGUUGCUAUUCAAUUCCAAAUUUGAAAUAGCAAGCAAAAACGAGCUAGUUUUGAGCAGAGAUCACUGACUGUCAAGAUAAGAAUUUGUGCUACGCAUUUGUGAGAUAACGUGCAUAUCCUGAAUAUAUCGAAGAUGGCAGCCAGCCCACUGUUUUCAGUCAGAAUAUUUCAAGUAUCAAUCAAGAUAUGAAAAAGCUGUUUUAAAACGCCUUCACGCGAAACAAAUUAAAUUUUACUACCAAUGUCGGUUAAAAUUGAAGAAUGUGAAACUGCCACAGUUCUUCAUUCUUUAUGAACUAUGCCAUCUUACUAAGUUCUUUGUAUGCUUGCAUGGCCACCUUUUUAUAUGUUAAUUUUGCAGUUGGUUACAAAAGUCUGACUGAUGCGUAUACAUGACAAAAAAACAGGACGACUAAAGUCCUGAUAGACCUUUUUCGUAGUUUUCUCUCAAACACGGAUAAUUACAUAAACACAUUCAACUUUACUAAAUUUUAUUUUUAUAUUGUAUUACAGGGAAAUCCAGGAGGCAAAGGGCCAAAUGGAUAUAAAGGACCCCGUGGUCAAAGUGGUCCACCUGGUCCACCAGCACCAGUGACUGGACCCGACGGUGGCGGCCCAGGUGGUGCGGAUGUAUGUAUUAUUUUUUUCUCGAGACUUUAUUUGCAUGCAUAGAAUGUAUGAUCAGCGAGAUGGCGAAAGAAUCACAAUUGGCCUAGGGUGGCAUUUAACAAGUACCUGUAAACAACAAGGCCAAGUUGGCGAAUAGUCUACAAAGGCGUAGCCUGUGUUGACUAUUUUCCAUAGACAACGAGACGGAGUUGUCUAAUUGUUUUAGUAUGUACUCCAACUCAAAAUACAAACUCCGUGCACAAUUUGAAAGAUUUAAAUAACAUUUAAAAGCAUAUACGAGCAUCUUUUACAUUUCUACCAAUGAGCACAUUUUCUACCAAUGUUUCUUAAUCAGCAUCAAAUCUUGUUUGAUCAACUUCAGAGCGGCGUCUCACCUCUCAAACUGUCAAGAUAACCAGUCUACUGGGAAUAAAAUAAGUUCUAAAAAAUUAUAGUGCGGUUAAACGUUUUGGGGGCACAAUGCGCUAUCAACAAACCCUAACUUACAACCUAUACAUUUUCAUGUGACAUUGAAACACUCGAACAGUAUAUUGGAGAAUAUUGUAGUAAUUUGUUUGGUGUUAAAUUAUACUCAAUAUAUACUUGAAAAUUGCAUGCGCUAAGAGUUCACUUGUACCAUUUUGUGGUUCUAAAAUGACUAAGUGCUAUUGCAUGUAUUUUAACAGCUUAUAUUUCACCAGGCCUUAUACAAAACAGACUUGCAUUUUAAUUCAUGUGCAUGUGCAAGUUUAAGUAAGAUUUACGCCUGUAUUCUAAAAGCUUAUUCACACUCAAUGAGUGGAGGUUCAAUCUGAGCUUCUCUUGAGUGUCAUUGUUGUUUUUGAAUAGCUGUCACAUAGUAAGGUACGUACGACACUAACCCUCCAGCUAUUCAAAAACAGUUUUAUCAUCUAAGAGAAGCUUAAAUUGAACCUACACUCAUUGUGUGUGAGUGUGAGUGAGCUUUUAGAAUACGGGCGUUAGUUCCACUGACGGAUCUGCUAUGCAUAAGUGAAGCCAAUGGCAGCCAUAUUGAAUGGCCCCCACCAUUAAUCUAAUCUGGUGUUGUAGACAUGAUUUAUAAAUCUCAUCUCAUUCAAAUAUUCUGGCUUCAAAAUCGGAUUACUGAAUUCAAUAGGAUGCUUUAUCCAGUCUUAUUUCAGACCAUUGUUGUCUACAAACCUAUUACACAUACCAGGAUGAUCGAGGCUGUUAAAUGAUAAAACGAAAAUUUUGUUUGAAAAGUUAUUUCAAAAUUGAUUCAAAUUUCAAAACACGUACACAUGUAACAGGCCUUACGAUUAUAAGCCUUAUUAAGCAUUACAAGGUUUGAUGCGAACUUAAGCACAAGUGUAGUUUAAAACGUGUUUUAAUUGGGGUGUUUUCCGGCUAGUUUUCGUUUUUUACAAGAAUUUCUUCACUCUAGUACUGUACAUACUGACCCAUAGCAAAUAUUUGCCCUUGGUGAAAAAAGACUGGAGUUCAUUAUUACGCAUUCUUUGAGUAGAGGCGGUUCGUUUCAAGUUGUCUUCCAGAUAUUUGUCAUGCAUGAAUGUCAUCAUGUAUCAGCAGAUAUUAACAUGUACCUUCAUUUAUUUUUAGUCUGCUAAAGGUCCUCCAGGCGGUCCAGGGGGUUCAAAUCCCAUUCCAGGCCCUCCAGUAAGUACUUGUAAUUUAAGUAGUAUUGUUGAUAUCAUCAAAUUGCGAUAUUAUCAAAUUGUCUGUGAUUUGCCAUACAAUAGUGUUUUCGCAAACGCAUACGUUAACACUGAAACUCGAAUCUUUGCCUACUUUUCUUCUUAUCUUCACUCUUACCUUUAGUAAUUUCUACUCUUUAACUGGUUAACAUAGAAAUAACACUAUAUUUUAUCUUGUGACGCCGUGACGCCCUACUACAGUCUGGUCAAUGUAACCAGUUAAAAUAAAUUGAUUAUAAUGAGUGAAUAUAUAACCAGAGCCCUGCACUAAUAAGCAAUUAUUGGAUGAGGCUGAGCAUGAUAUCAAGAAUUAUUCAGACCGAGGUCAAUGUUAUCUGCCGAAGCGAAGCUGAGGCGGAUAACAUAGAGCGAGGUCUGAAUAAUUUUUGAUAUCAUGCGAAAGCCGAAUCCAAUAAUUGUUUUAUUAUACAUUUAAAGACAUCAGAAACAUUAAACCGAUAAAUUCCUGUUUAUGAGGUAGGAAAAGUACAAUUUGAAUAUCAAACACCUUGCACAAAGUCAAAGGUGGGCUAAAUAUUCUAUUUCUACUUCUAUUUACCCCUUUGUGGCUUUUUUCGUGCUUUCACUAUCCUUAUCUGCCAAUAAAUUGGACAGUUCACUUUCAAUCAGCGAAGCAAAUCUGCUGUAGGCCAUUGUCUGUUUGUUUUUUCGCGCGCUUAUAGGUUCAAGCUUUUGGCCGCGCAAGGGUUUGGGCACGAGAGAGUCCAAUAUUUUUUUUUUUUUUGGAUGCAAGUUCGAUCCAAAAAAAAACAAUUAUUGGACGCUGAUGACGUCAUCGGCGGAAAAUACGUAAUAAAUGCCGAAUACUGAAAAUUAGCCGGCGCUUUCUGACCAAUUAGAAACGAGAAUACAUAUUAAAUGUAUAAUAAGCAUUGUAAUGAUACAUGUUGUGCUGUCUUUAGGGACCACCUGGUAGAUAUGGUCGCAGGGGACCGCCGGGUGAUGUGGUAAGUUGAAUAUAUGAUUAUAUCAAUAUAUUAUAUAAUAAUUCUGAACUGUGUGUGCACAAUAGUUGUGACUUGGAUUAUCCUUCUACUCCAAUAUUGCUUUACAGUUACUCUAGACAGGUCUUGUCCUGACGGAAGUGAAUAAUGGCUUUUGCAGUUUAUAUAUACUAAAACUGUCUGAACCAGUGUAGGUACUACCAAUGUGAAAAUGCUGUGCUGAGUGGUUAUAUUACUACCUUAAAAAAAAACAAGCAGAAACUCGAUGUUUCGAGCGAAGGCCCUUCGUCUUCGUUUUGCUGCAACCAACUCUUGACGAAGGGCCUUCGCUCGAAACGUCGAGUUUCUGCUUGUUUUUUAAGGUAGUAAUAUAACCACUCAGCACAGCAUUUUUGCACUUUAUUCAUAUCUCCUCUUAUAAUAUAUUCCCAAGUUAUCAGCUCCAUUUUGUAUUUUGAGCGAUGUUGUCAACAGGCCUCGAAAUAAAUCUGGACGUUAUACCGGUCAUUAUGACCUGUGGAUGAUUAAAUUUACCGGUCACAGCGGAAUUUAUGCCUGUCAUUGUCACUCCUUAGCUUCUUUUCCCCCCUCAUCUUUCGUGUGACUCGUAACUUUAGAAACAAUUGUGUAUUUUAAUUGUAUUUGUAUACAAAGUAGAAGUAUGGCGUUUAUCAAAGCUGUAGUUGUUAUCAUUACUAAUAACAUUAACAUAGUUUACUAGCAACUUGAUAUAUUAAGUCGCAAUUGUAGUUUGAGUUGCGAGCACGCUUUAAGGCUGCAUUUCAGUUACAGUACGCGUUUUUCAUGCGUGUGUACACGCAUGCACGUAAAAGUUGAAAUCGCUUUACAUCCUACUUAUGAAAUAACUAAAUUUAUAUAAAAGGACACGGUGCAGGCUAAUAAGGGCGGCGAAGUGACACAAUUUGUCAUACAGAUACGAUAUACCGCAAGCAUGCAUUGUGCCUAAGGGCUGUUUUCCAGUUAAGGCUGAUUUCCACUGUUGCGUUUUUCACACCUACGUAUACGCACGUAAAACUUUAAGUUCGUUUAAAUGUUACUUAUGAAAUAAUCAAAUAAAUAAAGCAACAGUAUUUAGUGUUCCGCAAGUUUUAGUAUGCAUUUGUUAACUUAUUUGUAAAAUAUUUAAAAAAAUAGAAGGAGUCAAAGUUUUACGUGCAUGUACGUGCGUACGAAAAACGCAAAAGUGGAAAUCAGCCUUAACGCGUUUUUCACACGUGCGACGGAAAGUGCAAAUAACCUUGACAAAUACACAUUAAAUCAUGCACAAAACUGAAUGCUGGACGGACAUACACUUCUUUGGAAAAUCGGAAAUCAAAAAUCUGCUCCAUUUGUGAACGUGCUUCUGAUUAAAAAAUUUACCGGUCACGCAUGUCCGCCAGGCGACGAUAUUUGCUGGUAAAAUUGUGAAAUUUUACCGGUCAGUGACCGUGACCGGCACUUAUUUCGACUUGUCAAUGGUUUUGCUUGAGAUGGAAGCAAAAGGAAGAGUCUAAUAUCUCUAAGAUGUGAUUCAACAAUAGUAAAUGAUAUUUCGUACAAUUAGUAAGUGGCUAAGUGCACUUAAGAAACCACUUGCAUAUGGUUUUAAGUAUUAUUUAUGACGUAAGCCCCUCGAUGAGCUUUAUAGCUCUUGGGUAAACGUCGUUUUGAACAAUAUAUGUUUAUACAAAGUAUUAUUUAAAACACGAGUAGGAGUGUUUUAUUUGACUUUAUAGUCAAUCCACGUGACAUAUUAUGGCGACAUGAUUUGCCACAAAGUUUAUGAAUUAUUAAUGAGUAUUUUAAGGUUAAUAAUAAUAUUGAGUUAUUUAUAUAGCGCACAAACCAAAGUUGUCCAAUAUUAGAAGUCUUUAGAACCGUAAAAUGUUAAAACAUAAGAAUAAAAAUACAUUAUGCACUAUUUACAAAUUUCUUAAAAAUGGUUACUGAUUCGCUCUUCCUAAGAUGAGGCCCUGUUAGGGGGGUUCCGAAUAAUCCAUAAUCCUACGUAAAUAUUAAAAAUAAUUGGUAUUCUAUUUUCGUAAACCAAAAUAUCCCUAAAGUAAAAUAAAAUAGAACAAAGACAUGUACUUCUAUCACUCUGAGGCUUAUUUUGUGUUUUGUGACAUAUGUGUUCUCCAUUUUUCACUAUUUUGGUUAUUUUAAUUGACGAGACCAUGAUAAUCAAUAUCCUUAAAUCUUAAAUUCCAAUCCAUAAUCCUCUCUUUUAGCUUCAAAUAAUUUGUUAUCCUUUAUGAAAUAUCCAAAUAAUCCAUAAUCCUAAAACCCUAACAGGGCCUCUAAGAUGGAGUGGCAGUUCAUUCCAUAAUCGUGGUCCAUAAACACAAAAAAGAUCUGUCUCCAUAUCAUGUCUAGAGUAAGGAAUCUGGAGCAGUUCUUUACUAGUUGAUCAAAGUGUACACUGCGAGGUGUGACAAUGCAUGAGCUCCUCAGGAUACGAUGGGGCAAGUUAUUAUGACAGCCAACUCUGCUGCAGACUCGUUGCAACGAUCAUAUGUGUUUAGUUUAAUAACUUACCACAACGUCUGUAAGAACUAUAUUAAUAAUUACAUUGAUAAAUGGAAGAGAGGGACCUGGUAGCUAGUUUGUUGCCAUGACUGCUGGUGUGCCUCGAGGAACCCGUCUGGGGUCUUGGCUAUUUUUAGCUACUGUAUGAUAAACGAUCUUGACGUCACAGGUGCGAACCAAUCGUCAGUGUAGAAGUUUGCGGAUGAUACCACAAUCUCGGAAACUGUCAGUGACCCUGAACAAAACUCCUUACAACAGGAGAUCAUCCACAUAUCCUGCUGGUCUCAAGCUACCAAACUUCUUCUAACCCGAAGAAGUGCCAAAAGCUAGUUGUUUCUUUUAAGAGAAAUCCGCCAUCUUACGACUUAGUGGAGGUUGAUUGUCAUUCUUUCGAAAGGGUGCACAGUGUAAAAGUCCUAGGAGUCAUGAUCAGGGAUGAUUUGAAGUGGAAGGGUCUCGACCAUAUUGAUGCUAUUACCAAUAAAGCUGCUAAACGUCUGUAUCUUCUUAAACAGUUAAAGCGAGCUGCUGUGAAUACCGAGAUUCUAAUACUGUAUGUUUUUACAAAAGUGUAAUUAGAUCUAUUUUUGAAUAUUCAUGUCAGCGCUUCCACUUUUGCGAUGGAGAAUGCUGGAACCCCUACACUUUUCACUAGACGAGACAUUUUGUCUGCCAAGCUCUUCGAAGACAUUGUUCGUGAUGCGCUGAUGGCAAUCAUAAACUUGCUGAUCUUUUACCACCUAAGCCUAAUAUACGCUAUAAUACACUAACCGACUGCGAGGAAAGAGAACCUUUAAAUAUUUACCCAAUUGUAAAACUAAUCGCUUCAGAAACUGCUUCAAUUCAUUGUUCAUUAUGUAGACAAUUAUAAAUUGUGAAUAGCUAGUGCAUUUUAAAAAGGUUAUUAAGUCAUAAUGUAAUAACUGUAAUUAACGCUUAUACAUGUAAUUCAGGUUAUGGCUGCAAUAUGUAUAUUCUUUUAAUAAACGAUUUAUCUAUCUUUUAUUUAUCUAUCAUGACAACGAUAUAAACAAAUAUUUGGCUGAGCGCCACUUACUGUAUAAUUGCACCGAAUUUCAUUUCAUUUUGUUGAAGCAGCUCUGAGAUAUUGGAUUUCCUCCUGUUUAUUUCAUUCUCAAACACAACCAGUGAUGUCAUAACUCAAAAUAACAACUAUACAACCUAUAACUUGGAAAUCAGAUGUGAUAUGAAUAAAGAGUAACCGCCAUUUUUCAUUAUUUUAAACAUACCUUUGAGUGAUGCAAUAAAAAGUAUUGGCAAAAUUUCGUUUCAUAAACAUUUUUAUUGCCAGGCAAAAGCAGUCAAUCUACUUUCUGUACAGGCGUUUGAAAGAUGUUUCAAAACACGAGGCUUGCGUACACUCAAAUCAAGUGCCUUUUCAGGGCAGACCUUGUGUAUAGUUCUAUAGUUACUGUAUAUUUUAUGCAUCAUUUACAAAUAUGUUCAUUUUUAUUUGUAAAGGGAGGCAAAGGUGAUCAAGGUUUGGCUGGUCUACAAGGUCCUAAAGGUUAUCCUGUGAGUAUUUUUUAUUGGUAACUCUGGAUACCAGAGUUCAUGAAAGAGAAGAAUUCUGUAUCUCAUUUCUGGAUAAAGUAGUUACCAUACGUUUUGGUAUUCGGUAUCCACCUAGAACUAAAUAUUCAUGUCUUUCACAUUUACAUGUCUUUCACAUUACAUGUCUUUCACAUUUAUAAUAUACAGUAGUACCAGACAAUGUACUAGUUAAGUUGACAGAAAUUCAUGCCAUCUACAGUAUUAAUUUAAUAAUUUUCCGCGGGUUUUCUGUGAAACUAAUUAUGCUAAAUGUAUUGUAAAUGUUUGACUGAAAUCUUCUUGUAUCCAGUAGGAAUGCAGGUGAUUUACAUCUUGUUGUUCAAAACAAAAUUUUAGCGUCCUAUGAAUAUUGGGACACCGCAAAUUGCAAACCCUGCAUGUUGCUGCUAGUUCUGACUUAACAAUGGAUCUCAUAUUUUCUCUUUGUUCUUCUUAGGGAAGUGUGGGACCACCUGGCGAACCAGGUGUCAAUGGAAAUCCUGGAGAUCCGGUAAAUUUCAUUGUUUUACUAACAUAUCUAUUUGUGUUAAGAAUCAUAUGUACUGUUUAGUAAACGAGCAGGAGUGUCUUAUUAGGUUUAAAGGCACGAGGGCGCAGCGCGAGUGGCUUUAGACCUAAUAAAACACGACCUGCGAGUUUAUUAAACGGCUUCAAACACGACUACAAAUUCAAUAGAUAUACGGCCUUAUUAGUAUUCUUUAUAUAAAGAAUACAAAUGAGGACACGACUACAAUAGAUGCUGCCUUAAUAGUAUUCGUUCUAUAAAGAAUUAGGAGUGUUUUAUCAGGUUUAAAGCCACUGCACGUGACAUAUUAUGGUUUCAGACAUGAUUUGCCAAUAAGCUUAUGAAUUAUUAACGAGUGUUUGAAGAACUUAUAAACGUUUUUCCAACACUUUGAUUCUCUGUCAAAUCCAUUUCGCGCAUGAGUUCAGCCCCAGUCGAACGAAGACGAGAGUUGAUGAAAGUUACAAGCCUUGCUCGCGUUUGACUGCCCAGUCUCGUUGACGCUGGUACACUUUCACUCAAAUUUUAAUGCGAGUUGAUGAGAGUUUUGGCUAUACGCACGUUGUAAUAUCUAGCCAAUUCUCGUCAACUCUCAUGCACACUCUCGUUUCUUAAGUCUUAUUAAUUCUCAUCCUCAUUUAAAUGAUCAAAGCUUUAGGAUUUUGAGUAGCUUUCAAGAUUAAGUUACAUUUGCAUUAUUUUAGGGUGAGCCUGGUGGACGUGGUGAAGAAGGCAGUGGUGGCCCACAGGGACCUCCUGUAAGUACUUAGGAAAACCACUUGGUAUUUGUACAGCGUACACAAUAGUGGUAACUUCGAA